CCCGUCGGCGACAAGGACGACGCCGGUUGGACUCCCUUACACAUUGCUGCAUCGGCGGGCCGUGAUGAGAUCGUGAAGGCCCUGAUUGACAAGGGGGCUCCCAUCAAUGCUGUCAAUCAGAAUGGCUGCACGCCCCUGCACUACGCAGCCUCCAAAAAUAAGCAGGAGAUUGCAGUCAUGCUGUUAGAGAAUGGAGCUGAUCCGGAUGCGACAGAUCAUUUUGAAUCUACCCCAUUGCAUAGAGCAGCAGCCAAAGGCAACCUAAAAAUGAUACAGAUCCUUCUGCGGCACAAUGCAUCUGUUAACAUACAGGACUCAGAAGGGAACACUCCCCUUCAUUUAGCCUGCGAUGAAGAGAGAGUGGAUGAGGCAAAGCUGCUGGUAUCUAAUGGUGCAAGUAUUCACAUUGAGAAUAAAGAAGAGCUGACCCCACUGAAAGUGGCAAAGGGUGGCCUGGGAGCCAUACUUAAAAGAAUGGCGGAGGGCUAGUGGGGCCUUCUGGCUUGGCUGUCUCCUCUUUUGUGCUUGUGUUUAAGAUUGCCAACCUCGUAUUUCGAUAGUUCAACGAGGAUGUCAUAUGUGAGCAUCAGCAUGGUAUUCAAAUGUCUUAUCUCUAGGUUUGCUCAAAGUAUACUGCCAAAACAGUCAUUUGUACUUCCUGUUGAUUAAACAGAUUACUACUUUUAAUGUA